AUGGCAAACGCGUAUCCCACAUCGCGAGAUUACACGAAACCAGCUAUUGACCAACGAAUUGCCGAGUUAGUAAAGAGAAGGAUUGGUACAAGGGAAGAUUUACCCACGGAGAGUACAAAAGAGCGACUUACAAAAUUCAAGGAAAUUCGCAAUGCCAGACAAGGAUUACUAAAGAUUACGCAUCGACAUGUCUUGGAGAUUGUGGCAUACAUUUUAAACACAGACCCUGAGGUCCUGGAAGAAGGAAUUCUCGACAAGGAUGAAUACGUGAAUGUAUUUAACAGUUUCUUCACUGAAGGUGGAAGACAAGCCAUUGUUGUAUAUCUUCAGCCUAUGAGUCCUCCGACAUUUGAAUCCGGGCGAUGGACGCCGCAACUUAGUAAAGAACAGCAAGUUAUACGCUGUUGCAUAACAGAUGGUACUACUGAAGAAUUCUCAGGCAAAUGCGUUAUAGUUUAUCGAUUAAAAUCAAAUUUGGAAUUUGGAAUUAAACAGUUACUCGAUGAAACAUAUUAUGCAUAUGUGGAGGUGGAUCCUACAUCGCAAAGUGCGCUGGCAGGAAUAUCUGAUUUAAUUUCACGUUUGCAUGCACGAACGUUAACUGUUAAUACUCAAUGGGGAGAAUUGUCGAAAAGUGAAGCCGGAGAAAAGAUAAAGGAUGAUUUUAUAGGCGAUUUUAAAGAUUUCUGCGAAUUUCUUAAUAUGACGAAGAUAGAUAUAAAAAAUAUUAUAUGUUUCCAAAUUAAUUGGGAUUUAUACCAGAAAUAUUUGGCGCUACCUGAAAAUUUUAGAGAGAGCAUUCGUAAAUUGGACGUUAUUACAGCAGUAGAAGCUGAUGUCCGAAUAUGGAUGAAAUUGAUGGAACGGGCUAUUGUUGAAAGUCAACAAUUGCGCAGGGAAACUGAAACUGUAGGACCAAAUGCAGAACUUGCGUAUUGGCGGCGAUUGUUUAGUCAGUUUUAUUCGAUAAUGAAUCACAUAAAAUCCAAUUACACGCAAGCAUUUAUACAAUUGCUGACAGAAGCGAAAUCAAAACUUAUCAAGAAAUGGAAGGAAUUAGAAGAUCAUGUUACAAUGGUGCAUAUUUUAUCUCAAGAUAACGUAAAGUAUCUGUACGGUUUAGAAAAAUUUACACAACCGUUGUACAGAUUAGAUCCAACAAAAAUAGGAGAUUAUUUACCCGCGCUUAUGUAUGCUAUAAGUAUGAUUUACGCUACAUCGCGAUUUUUCAAUACUAGGAGGAUGGUAACCGCUGUAUAUGUAAAGAUAACUAAUCAGAUGAUAUUAGCAUGUAAAGCAUACUUAACAGAGAAUGGAAAAAUAAGCAUUUGGAACGAAACAAAAUGUACUAUGAUAUCUAAAAUAAAGGAUUGUAUUAAGCUCUGUGAGACAUAUCAUAAAUGUUAUGAUGAUAUGUGUAAGAAAGUCGAGGAAUCUUCAGAUGAGAAGCGUUUCGAGAUAUCUGAAAUGUAUGUUUUUGGAAAAUUUGCCACUUUUAAGACAAGAAUAAUAAAAAUGUAUGAUCCUUUAGAUCACAGAAAACCGUAUUUUGAUGUUGAUUAUGAUGAAUUCAAAAAGAAUGUAGCGGAAACCGACUUGGAACUACGAACGUUUUUUUAUAAUUGCAUUUCUCUCAUGCCAAACAUAACGCAGAGUUUAUAUUUAAUAGCUAGAUUUCAAAAAUUGAAUCUCAAGCAACUGAGAAUUGAUAGAAAAUGUAUAGAACUCGUUUCGAUGUUUGAACAAGAGAUCGAAGAUAUCCGCGAUAGUUAUAAUGAAAAUAGAUCCGAUCCACCUGUACCAAGGAAUAUUCCACCCGUAACUGGUCGAAUCCUAUGGAUCCGGCAGUUAUAUAAACUAAUUACAUGGUCCUCAUUAAAAAUUUCCAACGCAUGCGCUAAAAUAGAGGAAGAGAUAAAAAAAGCGCAGAUAUUCAUUAAGGAGGUGGCAGAUAUAAAAGAAGCGAGAGUAGAUGAAGUACUUGAAUCUAUUGCAGAAACAAUGUUAUUAAAAUUAGAUGAAUACCCGAAAAGUUCAGAACAACUUUUAGCCGAUAAUAUAGCUUUUACAGAUAAAAUAGCAAUUGAUUUGGAAAUCAAAUCUUCGGCGAUAGAGAAGGCUGUUAUCAUGAUUAUUAAUAAAUUUAUAGAUGUUAUAACUGAUCCUACCGUGCAAGACAUUAAAUACAAUUGGAUGGAUCUCGAAAAAAUACACAAAGUCGGAUCCGAAACUAGAUUAAUACAAGGACCAUUUGAGCCGGGUUUUGGUUACAUCGAAAGAACAAACAAAGUUAAGAUAAAUCAAGUGUAUAAUGAUUGUAUGGAACUUUUUGCAUAUUACAAUAAUAAGUUAAUAGAAGCUUUGGUAAAGUGUACUAAAAAAUCUUUAGACUUAUUAAAGAAGAAAGCAACCAUUAUGAGCGUAUUAGUUAAAGAUAUUGCAGUAGAGCAAGAAAUUCCGAUCAUGAUGACAUAUUUCGUUUUACAAAUACCAAAUAUCAUAAUUAUUCCAUCAAUAGAAGAGUUGCAAAAUGAUUUCGGUAAAGUUAUAACAAAUAUUAUAGAAACACACAAAAACGUGUCUGCGUGGGGACAACAAUAUUCUACAAAUGCACGAGCUUUUGAUAAAAAUUUGCGCAAUACCUAUUUUCAAAACGUGUCCGAGCACAAAGACGUAAUCCGCAGUUCAAUAAGUCUGCAAGGUUUAAUAUUACUGUUGAGAGAUGAUGUCUCCAAAGUUGGCAACUCAUAUUUGCGAUAUUCCUACAUAUGGGCAGAAAAUAGAAAUGACAUUAUACAAGCGUUUAUUGAUUCUAAACCUCUUAUACAAGAAAUCAAAGAGAAAUUUAUGGAAUAUGAAAAUUUAAAGACAGAAAUAAAAAAUUUACCUGAACAACAUAUACUUGGUCCUCUUCAAAUUAACACAGAAAAAUUAAAAUUAGCAUUUCUUGUCGAAGUAAAUGCAUGGAAAAAGUCAUUGGGUGUCAUGUUAUCAAAUACGUACAAGAAAAAAUUACAAAAAAUAACAGAUUAUAUUCUGGAAAAGAAUAAAGUUCUAUCGAGGCAUAUUAAGGAUUUAGAAGAUGUUAGAGUCGCAAUGAAAUGCUUGGCAGAAAUACGAGAUGAUUUCGUAUCAAUAGACAUGGAACUAAUCUUGAUUGAAGAGACUUAUACAUUAAUGGGAAAAUUUAAUAUCGAUAUAUUAAAAGAAGAUCAAGAUAUAGUAGACGGAUUGAGAUACAAUUUCAACAACAUGCUCAAUAUAGCGAAGCAAGUUCAAAUAGUUAUAUGUGAAAUGCAAGAGCCAUUGAAAAAGGAACUUAUUGAUGGAGUUGUGGUUCUUAAAAAGAAGGUAGCUCAAUUUGACAUUGAUUUUGAACUCAAUGGCCCAAUGAUUGAAGGAAUACCCGCAAAAGAAGCCAGUGAACGAGUUAUCCUGUUUCAAGCACGUUUUGAAGAAUUGUGGGAAAGGUACGAGACUUAUAGUAGUGGCGAAAGCUUAUUCGGCAUAGAAGUAACAGAAUAUCCAGCUUUACAACAGAGAAAAAAAGAACUUCAUUUAUUGCAGAAGUUAUAUACAUUGUAUUUGCAAGUUAUGCGCACUAUCGAUAGCUAUUAUGAUAUUCCAUGGUCCGAAAUUGAUAUUGAGUCAAUUAUAACUGAAUUAGUCGACUUCCAAAAUAAAUGUCGAAAGUUACCUAAAGGUAUGAGAGAAUGGCCCGCAUAUGUCGAUCUAAAAAAGAAAAUUGACGAUUUCAAUGAAAUGUGCCCACUAUUAGAGAUGAUGGCUAAUAAAGCCAUGAAAGACAGGCACUGGGAAAAACUAUCUAAACUUUGUAAAUAUUUCUUUGAUGUGAAAUCUGAAACGUUUACCUUAGCAAAUGUUAUGCAGGCACCUUUAUUGAAAUAUAAAGAUGAUGUUGAGGACAUAUGUAUUAGCGCAGUGAAGGAACAAGAUAUCGAAUUUAAAUUGAAGCAAAUAAUUGCGGAUUGGGCUGUUAUAAAUCUGCAAUUUUCUUCUUUCAAGCAAAGAGGCGAAUUACUGCUGAAAGGUAUUGAAACGGCUGAAAUAAUAGCGCUCCUGGAAGACAGUUUAAUGCUCAUAAGCUCUUUGCUGGCAAAUCGUUACAAUGUACCGUUUAAAAAAGAGAUUCAGUUGUGGCAGACCAAGCUUAGCAAUACAUCGGAAAUAUUGGCGAAAUGGUUAACUGUACAGAAUUUGUGGGCUUAUCUGGAAGCAGUAUUUAUUGGCGGCGACAUAGCGAAGCAGUUGCCUACUGAAGCAAAACGCUUUAACAUGAUCGAUAAGGCUUGGGUGAAACUUAUGUUUCGCGCUCACGAAACAUUAAAUGCGGUGGAAACAUGUGUUGGGGAUGAGACAAUGAGCCAGUUUUUACCUCAUUUACUGGAACAGUUAGAAUCGUGCCAAAAAUCUCUUAGCGGUUAUUUGGAAACCAAGCGAGUUAUUUUCCCAAGAUUCUGCUUCAUAUCAGAUCCUACUUUGUUGGAAAUUCUUGGACAAGCAGCAGAUUGCCAUACGAUUCAAAAUUAUCUUGAUGGCUUUUUUGAUAAUAUAGCAAAACUGAAGUUUGCCGAAAAGGAAUAUGAUAAAAUUGUAGCAAUGUAUUCACGAGAAGGGGAACAAAUAACGUUGGAAAAAGAAGUUGGAUGUACAGGAGGCGUGGAGAACUGGUUAAACGUUCUGUUAACAGUCCAUCAGCAAUCCGUUGGUGCUGUGAUUUCGCUAGGGCUGCAAUCACUUCGUACACCUGAAUUCGACAUCUUGUUAUUGAUAGAGAAUUCUGUUUUGCAAGUGGGCCUAUUAGCAUUACAAGUUUUAUGGACACGAGAUUCCGAAAUAGCAAUGACGAUAGCUAAACGUGAUAGAACGAUAAUGAAAAGGACCAAUCAAUGGUUUCUAGAUUUGCUAAAUAAUCUCAUAGAAGUAACCGUUAAAGAUCUUACAAAGUAUGCCAGAAUAAAAGAUAUAUUUGAUGAGCUAUGUCGUCUCAGAAUUCGAAGUAUACAUGAUUUUGAAUGGUUGAAACAGAAUCGAUUCUAUUAUGAUAUUGAUACAGAGGACGUUUCAAUUAAGAUAACUGACGUGGAUUUCAUUUAUCAAAAUGAAUUUUUAGGUUGCACAGAUCGACUUGCAAUUACACCGCUGACAGACAGAUGUUACAUAACACUGGCACAAGCCGUGGGAAUGAAUUUUGGCGGAAAUCCCACAGGUCCGGCUGGUACGGGUAAAACAGAAACGACGAAAGACAUGGGGAAAGCACUAGGAAAAUACGUUGUUGUUUUUAAUUGUUCUGAUCAAAUGGAUUUCCGAGGUUUAGGCAGAAUAUUUAAAGGAAUAGCACAAUCCGGUAGCUGGGGAUGUUUUGAUGAAUUUAAUCGAAUUGAUUUACCGGUGCUCUCCGUCGCUGCACAGCAAAUAGCAAUCGUGUUCAAUGCGCGAAAAGAGCGAAAGACAACUUUCUUGUUCAGUGACGGCGAAAUGUAUAAACUCAAUUAUGAAUUCGGAAUAUUUCUUACAAUGAAUCCCGGAUAUGCUGGUCGACAAGAACUACCGGAAAAUUUAAAAAUACAAUUUAGAAGUGUGGCAAUGAUGAUUCCUGAUAGACAAAUCAUAAUGCGAGUAAAACUCGCGGCGUGUGGCUUCAAAGAGAAUGUGGUAUUAGCGCGAAAAUUUUUCAUAUUGUACAAUUUGUGCGAGGAACAGCUCAGCAAGCAGGUACAUUAUGAUUUUGGAUUAAGGAACAUCCUGUCGUGCUUACGCACACUUGGCGCUCAGAAACGCGCGCAUCCUACUGAUUCUGAGGAAACCACGCUUAUGAGAGUACUACGUGAUAUGAAUUUAUCAAAAUUAGUGGAUGAAGACGAAUCUCUUUUUAUGUCACUUAUUGAAGAUAUGUUCCCGGGUGUAAAGUUAACAAUCAAAACGUAUAAAGAAUUACAAAAAGCAAUAGCUAACGCCACUGUCACUCUUGGAAUAAUGAAUCACAGAGAAUGGAAUUUGAAAACUAUUCAGUUAUACGAGACCUCCCUCGUUCGCCAUGGUUUGAUGAUUCUUGGACCAACAGGAUCUGGUAAAACGCGAUGCACGUGGGCGCUAAUGAGGGCUCUAACAGAAAUAGGUAUACCGCAUAAGGAAAUUAGGAUGAAUCCAAAAGCGAUAACUACAUCUCAAAUGUUUGGAAAACUCGAUGUUGUGACGAAUGAUUGGACAGAUGGUAUAUUUUCCAUUAUAUGGCGAAAAUCCAUGCAAACCACGAAGAAAACAGAAAAUUUAUGGAUAGUAUUAGACGGUCCCGUUGACGCAGUAUGGAUUGAAAAUUUAAAUUCUGUUCUGGAUGACAAUAAAACGUUAACAUUGGCAAAUGGUGAUCGUAUUAUAAUGACACCAAAUACUAAAUUAGUGUUCGAACCUGACAAUGUGGAUAAUGCGUCCCCAGCGACUAUAUCGCGUAUGGGAAUGGUAUUCGUCAGUGCCUCUGUGCUAAAAUGGAAUUCAAUUUUAGAGGGUUGGCUUAGAAAAUGUUCCAGCAACGAGGAUCAAGUGCUACGAGCGUUAUUUCAUAAAAUAUAUGGAGAUGCCCACACAUUCGUUCAAACAAAGCUUCAAACUAAAAUGAUGCUUUUGGAAGCAGUUUACAUACGGCAAUGUAUUGACUUAUUGGAAGGUUUAAAUGUUGGAAAUUCCGACCCAACUAAAAUAUUAUCUGAGCAGCAUAUCGAGAAACUUUUUCUAUUCUCUCUUAUGUGGAGUUUGGGUGCAAUGCUAGAAUUAGAUGGACGAUUAGCAUUACAGGAAUAUCUUGUGAAUCAUGAAUCAAAUUGUAACUGGCCAAAGUAUACAGAAGAUGAAACUAUUUUUGAAUACCUAGUAUCAGAUGAUGGAGAGUGGAUACAUUGGAAUAAAAAAGUGCCAGAAUUUGAAUAUCCCUCAGAUCGUAUUUUAGAAUAUUAUACUAUUCUUGUUCCUAACAUUGAUAAUACUAGGACAUUAUAUUUAAUUGAUAUUAUUGCAAAGCAGGAAAAGGCAGUACUUUUAAUAGGAGAAGCCGGCACCGCAAAAAGCGUAAUGAUAAAAAGUUACAUGUCUAAGCAUGAUCCCGAAUACCAUUUAAAUAAGUUUUUCAAUUUUUCUUCAGCAUCCACGCCUAACAUGGUUCAACGUGUAUUCGAGAACUACGUUGAAAAGCGAGUGGGUAGCACUUAUGGUCCUCCUGGUGGACGCAAAAUGACCAUCUUUAUUGAUGAUAUAAAUAUGCCAGCUAUAAACGAAUGGGGCGAUCAAAUUACAAACGAGAUCGUACGUCAGUUAAUGGAGUACAAAGGAUUCUACUCCCUGGAUAAACCGGGCGACUUUUGCACUAUACAAGAUAUUAUGUUACUUGCUGCGAUGCAUCAGCCGGGUGGAGGACGAAAUGAUAUUCCGUCGCGAUUGAAACGGCAGUUUAAUAUUUUUAAUUGCACAUUACCGUCCAAUAAAUCCUUAGACACAAUUUUCAAUGUUAUUGGCCAAGGCUACUUUUGCAUUACAAGAUUUUCCGAAACCAUCGUUAAUUUCUUACCGAAGCUUAUUCCACUGACUCGAAUAUUAUGGCAGCAAACUAAAGCGAAGAUGUUACCAACUCCAGCCAAAUUCCAUUAUGUUUUUAACUUGUGUGAUCUCUCUCGCAUUUGGGAGGGAAUACUCAGAAUAGAGAGAGCCGAAUGUGAAUCUAUAACAACACUGCUGAAAUUAUGGGAGCAUGAAUGCAUGCGUGUGAUAGCAGAUCGCUUCAUCACUGCCGCUGAUAAAGAAUGGUUCCAAAAUACGUUGCGGCGGACCGCGGAGAAGAUGUUAAAUGUAGAUUUUCAAUAUUAUUCCCCAGUUGAGACAUAUUUCGUUAACUUUUUGCGCGAACCACCAGAACCGACAGGUGAAGAGCCAGAAGAUUUUGUAUUAGAGGCACCAAAGAUUUAUGAGGAAAUACCGAGUUACGAUGAUGUUAUUACGAAAAUUCAACAAAAUAUGGAACAAUUUAACGAAUAUAUACGCGGUAUACAUCUUGAUCUGGUAUUCUUCCAUGACGCGCUGGUGCAUUUGAUACGAAUAUCACGAAUACUUGGAGUUCCCAGGGGCAAUGCGUUGCUGGUCGGUAUAGGAGGAUCCGGAAAACAGACCAGCUUGAUGGAUGAUUUGCGAAAAUUGUAUCGGACCGCUGGUAUUAACAGCAAAGGUCUCACUUUUAUUUUCACCGAUAAUGAAAUAAAAGAUGAAGCAUUUUUAGAAUAUAUAAACAACAUAUUAAGCGUUGGCGAAGUAGCCAAUCUUUUUCCAAAGGAUGAGUUAGAUGAAAUUUUGACAACUGUUACGCCGCUUAUGAAAAAGGUUGAUCCCCGACGACCUCGUACGCAAGACAAUCUUUAUGAUUACUUUAUAUCGAAAGCGAGAAAUAAUCUGCAUAUAGUCUUAUGCUUUUCACCAGUCAGUGGAAAGUUCAGAUCUCGGUCAUUAAAAUUCCCUGCCCUUAUAUCUGGUUGCACGAUAAAUUGGUUUUGGAAAUGGCCAAGGGAUGCGCUAUAUGCAGUAGGUGAACACUUCCUAGGUACAUAUAACGUUAUAUGUAGUCCGGAAGUAAAACAACAGUUAAUUCAAGUUGUGGGCGAUAUUCAAGAUAACGUAAGCGAUAUCUGUGCAGAAUACUUCGACAGGUUUCGACGACAAGUAUACGUGACUCCGAGAUCAUUUUUAACGUUUAUCGACAGUUAUAAAAUGUUUUACAAGCAACGUUUGGAUGACAUUAACAUAAUUGCUUCCCGUAUGAGUAGUGGUUUAAAUAAAUUAAUUGACGCUGCGGCUCAGGUCGAUAUGUUGCGACAUGAAUUGGAAAAAACUCAAGAGGAGAUUGUGAUAAAAAAUGUUCAAGUGGAGGCGAUUCUUAUUACUGUAAAUGAGAAAAAAAAAGAAGCUGAAGCUGUGAAAGCAAAAGUGCAAGUGACAAAAGAUGAAGCGGAAGCGAUUCUACAAGUGAUAGUAAAAAAUAAGACAGUGGCAGAACAGAAGUUGAAAACUGCGGAACCUGCUUUAUUGGAAGCUGAAGCUGCGUUGCAGACCAUAAAAGCAGCAGAUAUCGCUACAGUUCGUAAAUUGGCUAAACCACCGUAUUUAAUUACGCUCAUAAUGGAUUGUGUUUUGAUUCUAUUUGGACGAAAGCUGGAACCAGUCAAACCAGAUUACGAACAUCAAUUUCUAACACCUUCGUGGUCGGAAUCACUAAAGGUUCUAGCUGAUGUCAGAUUUUUAUAUAAUUUACAAAAUUUUCCAAAGGAUGAUAUUAAUGCUGAAACUAUCGAUUUAAUGAUGCCAUAUUUAAAUUAUCAUAUGUAUACUUAUGAAGCCGCAAAGCAAGCCUGCGGAAACGUUGCGGGUCUCAUACAGUGGACUAUCUCCAUGGUUUCUUUUUAUGAAAUAAAUAAAGAUGUGCUACCUUUGAAGGCAAAUCUUCUUGUUCAAGAAAAUUAUUACGAGAAAGCUAACAAAAAUUUAAUCAUAGCAGAAGAAUUAUUGAAAGAAAAGGACGACGCUUUAAAGAUAGUACAAAAUGAAUUCGAUGCCGUGGCGCAAGAACGACAAAAAAUUAUGGAUCAAGCUGCGGUAUGUCAAGCAAAAAUGGAUACCGCAACUGCUAUGAUUGAAGGAUUAUCUGGAGAAAAAAUAAGAUGGACAGAGCAAGUUAUUACAUUUAAAUCAGAAAUAGAACGUCUCGUUGGAGAUGUGUUGAUAUUCACUGGAUUUUUUUCUUAUUGCGGGCCAUUUAAUCAAGAAUUCCGAAUUCUUUUGCAAAGAAAAUGGUUCGACUUUAUACAAGAAAGAAAGAUCCCAAUUUCUCUUAACAUAAACAUUGUUAAUGCAUUGACAGAUACAGCUACGCUUAGUGAAUGGAACUUGCAAGGUCUGCCAACUGAUGAAUUAUCAAUUCAAAAUGGAAUAAUUGUAACGAAAGCAUUGAGAUAUCCUUUAUUGAUCGACCCACAAUUGCAAGGCAAAACAUGGAUUAAAAAUAAAGAAAGAGAGUUUGAUUUACAGAUAACAUGGUUAGCACACAAAUAUUUUAAAAAUCAUUUAGAAGAUUCUAUAUCGAUAGGACGACCAUUAUUAAUUGAAGAUAUAGGGGAAGAAAUAGAUCCGAUGCUAGACAAUUUAUUGGAAAAAAAUUUUAUAAAAAUAGGAACCACUUUUAAGGUUAAAUUAGGUGAUAAAGAAGUGGAUAUUAGCAAAGAUUUCAGACUUUAUAUCACGACAAAGUUACCAAAUCCUUUUUACACUCCAGAAAUAUUUGCUCACACAUCUGUAAUCGAUUUUACUGUUACAAUGAAAGGUCUAGAAGAUCAAUUAUUGGGAAGGGUUAUUUUAACAGAGAAGGAAGAGUUGGAGACAGAAAAAACGCAAUUGAUUGCUGAUGUAGCUGCGAAUAAUAGAAAAAUUAAAGAAUUAGAAACGAAUCUUCUAUACAAAUUGGGAACUGUAAAAGGUCCUUUAAUCGAAGAUGUAGAAUUAAUGUCAGUUUUGAAUAUCACGAAACAAACAGCGGCAGAGAUAAACAAAAAACUGAGCACCGCAAAAGAUACAGAAUUAAAAAUCGAUGCAGCACGGGAAGAAUUUCGACCGGUUGCAACACGUGGUAGCGUUUUGUACUUUUUGAUAUGUGACAUGCCGCAUGUCAAUUGCAUGUACCAAACGUCCCUUGUUCAAUUCUUAGAACGAUUUGAUAUCUCAAUAGCUAGAUCCGAGAAGAGUCCAAUAACUCAGAGAAGAAUAAAUCACAUCAUCGAAUUUUUGACUUACGAUAUCUUUAAGUACAAAUCACGCGGACUUUACGAAAUACAUAAAUAUAUGUUUAUUUUGUUGAUGACAUUAAAAAUUGAUCUGCAACAGAAUAGCAUCACGCACGAGGAGUUUCAGUAUUUUAUUAAAGGUGGCGCAGCGCUGGAUUUAAAAACAAUUGAGCCAAAACCUUGCAAGUGGAUUAUGGAUGUAACGUGGCUUAAUCUAGUUGCGCUAUCGUCAUUAAGACAAUUUCAAUAUAUCGUGGCUCAAAUACCCGCUUCUGAGAAAGUUUGGAAACAUUGGUUCGACAAAGAUGCACCAGAGGAGGAAGUUAUACCAAACGGUUAUAACACAUUGGAUACAUUCCGACGAUUGCUCUUGAUAAGAGCUUGGUGUAUGGAUAGAACGCUAUCGCAAUCAAGGAAAUAUAUAGCAUCAUCCUUAGGAGCAAAAUAUGCAGAGUCUGUGAUUACGCUUUUCGAUGUAAUGCAUAGUGAAUCAAGGCCAAAUACACCAAUGAUCUGUUUCUUAAGCAUGGGAUCGGAUCCCACGCCUAACAUCGAACAGCUCGCAAAGAAAAUGGAAAUCAUUUGUAGAAGCAUAUCGAUGGGACAAGGUCAAGAAGUUCAUGCUCGUCGACUGCUUAAUAGCGCGAAAACUGAAGGUUUCUGGGCAUUAUGCCAGAAUUGUCAUUUAGGCUUGGAGUAUAUGACAGAAUUGAUAAACUUUCUUUUAGAAAUGGAAGCGCCGCAUCCAGAUUUUCGCAUAUGGAUCACGACGGAACCGCACAAAGAUUUUCCUGUUUCCUUACUACAGAUGUCUAUAAAAUAUACAUAUGAACCACCGCAUGGAGUACGUGCGAGUUUAUUGGCGACGUACAGUAGUGUGACUCAGGAAAUAUUGGACCAGUGUGACGCAAAGCAAUAUAUACCACUGGUAUACACCGUAUCAUUCCUGCAUACCAUUGUUCAGGAAAGACGGAAGUUUGGUCCCUUGGGAUGGAACAUACCUUACGAAUUUAAUUCCUCGGACUGGCUGGCAUCUUGCAUGUUCAUAAAUAAUCAUUUAAAUGAUUAUGAUCCGAAGCGUGGUAUAAAUUGGCAAAGCGUGCGUUACAUGAUAGGCGAAGUGCAAUAUGGUGGACGCAUUACAGACGACUACGAUAAGAGAUUAUUAAAUACCUUCGCAAAACUGUGGUUUACGGAAGCGCUUUUCGCGGAAGAUUUUGUUUUCUACAAAAGUUAUCCACUUUUGGUAUUGAAACAAGUAAGCGACUAUCUAAAGACGAUAGAUGCUAUGAGUCUCAUGGAUCCGCCACAAGUGUAUGGUUUACAUCCAAAUGCAGACAUUACAUAUCAGAGUAACACCACACAGAUUGUGUUAGAUACAAUAAUGUCCGUGCAACCGAAAGAAGCGGGUAUCGUUGGUGUAGAAACCCGAGAAGUGGUUGUUGUAAGACAGGCGAAGGAAAUGCUAGAAAAAGUACCGCAAUUAUAUGACAUGUUUGAAGUUAAAGAAAGAUUGCACGCAAUGGAUCAUACCGCCCCAAUGAACAUUUUUUUAAAACAAGAGAUCGACAGGAUACAGGUGGUUAUAAAAUUAAUACGCAUUAUGCUCAAAGAUCUUUUGUUGGCCAUAGAAGGUGUAAUUAUAAUGAGCGAGGAAUUACGAGAUGUUCUUGACAAUAUAUACGAUGCUAGGAUACCGAAGAUCUGGAAGGCUCGAUCAUGGGAGUCUGCUUCUUUGGGAUUCUGGUUUACGGAACUGUUGGAGAGAAAUCAACAAUUUUUGACUUGGCUGCAGAGCGGGAGACCAUCAAAAUUCUGGAUGACUGGCUUCUUCAAUCCACAAGGAUUUUUAACGGCGAUGAAACAAGAAAUAACGCGGGCGCAUAAAUGGGCUUUAGAUAAUGUUAUACUUCAUAAUGAAGUCUUAAACAAAAUAGCGGAAGAGAUCAAGGCACCACCACCAGAAGGUGUUUAUGUCUAUGGCCUAUUUCUCGAGGGUGCCGGCUGGGACCGAAGAAAUAUCCGCUUGUGUGAAUCGGCAAAUAAAGUCCUUUAUGUAUUAAUGCCGAUAAUACAUAUCUUCGUUUUACAUAAUGUAGACAAGGUUCCUCCCCCAAAUAAAGGCCUGAAAUUAUAUCAGUGUCCCGUAUAUAAAAAACCUCAAAGGACUUAUAUAUUGCUAGUAACAUCGCUCUGGCUGCAAACUCUAAAAAAUCCUGAUUACUGGAUAUUGCGGGGAGUCGCUUUGUUAUGUGAUACUAAAUAA